AUGGAGUACUCCGUGAACCUCGAAUUGAUCUGCCGUGUUCUCCACAAAGUAGCACGUAGACACUGGAAUCACUUCGAGCAAUCAGGAGAGCGGAAAGAACUUGAUGCGUCUAUUUUCCAUGAUCGUAUUGCGCUCGGACUUCGCCCCAAAGGACAUCCGGAUCGCUUCGAGAUAGUGGAAAAUCUCGGAACCUCUUUAUCUACACGAUACGUGGGAUGGGGUGAACUAAAGGAUCUAGAGGGGGCAAUCGAGUUGCACCGUGCCGCACUGGACCUUUGUCCUGAAGGGCAUCCAUAUCGUUCCGAGGCAAUGGAGGAUCUUGGAUCUUCCCUUUCCAAACGAUUUGAGUAUGUUGGUAAAAUAGAAGAUCUGGAGGAAGCAGUUAUGUUGCACCGUGCUGCCCUUCGACUUCGUCCCAGAGGACAUCCAGAACGUUCCCGGACUGUGAAUAAUCUCGGAUCUUCUCUUUUCAUACGAUUUAGGCGAUGGGGAAAGCUAGAGGAUCUAGAGGAAGCAAUCACGCUGUACCGUGAAGCAUUAUAUCUUCAUCCCAAAGGCCAUCCUUAUCAUACCGCAUCUCUGAAUAACAUUGCGAGCUCCCUCGCAACUCGAUUUGAACAUUGUAAACAGACGGAAGACCUCGACGAAGCUGUCAAGCUUCAUUAUGAAGCCCUAGUGCUUUGCCCCGAAGGCCAUCCUGAUCGUUCCAUGUCGCUGAGUAACCUUGCUGUUACUCUAAAUACUCGAUUUGACCAACACGGACGACUAGAGGAUCUCAACAAAGCCAUUGCGCUCCAUCGUGCCGCCAUUCGUCCCAAGGACCAUCCUGAUCAUUUCUCAUCCCUGGAUAGCCUUGCGAGUUCCCUGUUAGUCCAAUUUAAACAUUACGGACGUAAAGAAGAUCUCAGCGAGUCGAUCGAGCUUUUUUUUACCGCUCUGGAUCGUUGCCCCCAAGGCCAUCCUCGUUAUUCUGCUCUUCUAGUUCACCUCGGAGAAUCUCUGGUAACUCGAUUCAAAGAAUGUGGACAGACAGAGGACCUCAAUGAGGCCAUUAAAUUUCACCGUGCCGCUCUGGAGCUCCGCCCCAAUGGUCAUCCCGAUUGUCCCUCGUCUUUGAAUCACCUAGCGACUGCCCUGAAAAUUCGGUUCGAGCAGCACGGACGAGUGGAGGACCUCGACGAGGCUAUCGAUCUUCAUAAUUCCGCAGUGGAGCUUUGCCCUAAAGGUCAUCCUCUUCGACCCAACUCUUUGAGUUACCUUGCAAAUUCGCUUCAAACACGAUUUGAACAGUACGGACGGAAUGAAGAUUCCGAUAGGGUGAUUGAGCUUCACCGCGCUACCUUAGAGCUUUGCCCAGAAGAUCACACCAGCCGUCCUGCAGUACUAAAUGACUUUGCAAAUUCUCUGCGGAGUCGAUUUAGGCAGCAUGGACGAACAGAAUAUCUCGAAGCAGCUAUUGAGCUACACAAUUCUGCCGUCGAACUUUGCCCACAAAGCCAUCAUGAUCGUCCCUCAUAUCUGAAUAACCUUGCAAAUGCCUUGUUCACGCGAUAUGAACAGCAUGGGCAGACAGAAGACAUUGACAGGGCCAUCGAACUUCACCGAGCUGCCUUGGUCCUUCUUCCCGAAGGCCGUUCCAAUCGUUCGAUGUCUCUUCUUAACCUUGCUAAUUCAUUGCAUACCAGAUAUAAAAAUCAUGGCCGGACGGAGGACCUCGACGAGGCUAUCAGUCUCAAUUACGCUGCCCUGGAACUUUGCCCACAAGGACAUCAAGAUCGUUUCAUGUCUUUAAAUAAUCUCGCAAAUGCCGUGGGACGUCGAUACGAUCGACAUGGACGGAGGGAGGAUCUCAACAAGGCUCUAGAACUUCACAGUACCGCCUUGGAACUUGUUCCAGAGGGGCAUGCUGAUCAUUCCUCAUCAUUGAUGAACCUCACAUAUCCAUUGUCUGUCCGAUUCGUGAAGUUUGGAUGCACAGAUGAUUUAGAGGUGUGCAUGCGAUUGCUUGAACGCGCUACAAAGCAUAAAUUUUCUAGUUCCGUUGUGCGUCUCGACUCUGCCAGUCGAUGGGCCGAUCUUGCACGGGCAUUUGCUCACAGCAGCACGUCCAGAGCUUACGAGAUGGCAAUGUCACUUCUGCAACGCACGCUCAUUGUGAGUCCCACUCUUCACUCACAGCACGACUUUCUCAAGGGGAAGAGCAACUAUAAAACGCUCUCAUUGGAAGCAGUGGCCUACGCCGUAGAGGGGAACAGGCUUGAAGAGGCUAUAGAGAUACUGGAGCAAGGAAGGGCUUUGCUCUGGUCGCAGAUGCGUGGGUUCAGAACAGCGUUAGACCAACUUAUGGAAACAAAUAGGGAGCUUGCAGAAAGGUUCAGGGGUGUCAGUCAUCAGUUAGAAAGUCUAGCAACGUCCUCCGAGGAAUCGAUGUCCAGUUCAAAGGUGGGCAACAAUGGAUCACUUGGCUCCGGCGUGCAUACAGUGCAACAGUCAUUCGACGAUAUGCUGAAGUUGAAGAGGCAACUUUCCAACGAGCAGGAAGAAAUUAUCAAGAAGAUUCGGAGACUCCCUGGUUUCGAGAGUUUUCUUGCCGCUACACCGUUUAAAGUACUCCGACAGGCAGCUUCAGAGGGACCGGUCGUCGUGAUCAACCAUUGCAAAUACCGAUGUGAUGCACUAAUUAUGCUCCCCCGCGAGGAUAUACCACUUGUCUGCAUUCCUUUAGAUGCAAAUUUCUACAAGGAUAGCUCUAACUUGUGCAAAGAGCUCCUAGAAACACGUACGCUGUAUGGAGCUGACUCGACUCAAUAUGACGACACGCUCCGCCGGGUGAUGAAAAUGUUAUGGGAUAGGGUCGUCUUCAAAAUCGUCAGUAAACUUGAGGAGCUGGGUAUUGCUGAGGGAUCGCGCAUUUGGUGGUGUCCUACGUCUGUGCUGUCUGCGCUUCCCUUUCACGCUGCAGGUCCGUUCAAGGACAAAGACGGCUCUGCCAGAUAUCUAUUGGACAAAUACGCCUCGUCGUAUACUCCAACACUCGGGGCGCUCAUCGAUGCACGAUCAGGUGGACACGAAGGGGAACCAACGGUGCUUAUCAUCGGAGAUGCCUCGCUUUCGUCGGCUAGAAGGGAAAUUUCCAACAUCCGGAAUUGCGGCAUAGAUACCAAAAUGCGCGUCAGCGAUCCAUCUCGUGGUGCAGUGGUUACUCGCAAUACAGUGAUUAAAGCACUUCGGAAAGCAACAUGGGUGCACUUUGUUUGUCAUGGAAACUUAAAUCCGAAACCUUUUGAUUCUUCGUUCAAGCUGUCCGACGGUGGACUGACUCUGCUCGACAUUGUCCAAGGCAAUAUUCCAAAUGCGGAGUUCGCGUUUCUUUCCGCUUGCCAUACUGCCGAGCAACCUCACGACGCUGUGCACGAUGAAGUCCUUCACUUAGCCGCAGCAAUGCAAUUCUCUGGGUUUCGAAGCGUGAUUGGAUCGAUGUGGGAGCUGCUUGAUGAGGAUGGUCCUUUCCUUGCUCGGAACAUCUAUGAGUACAUAUGGGAUUGCGGCGAGGGUGAGGCAAGGUAUAAGCGGGCGGCUGCUGGGCUACGCAAGGCAGCUGUUGAGCUAAAAGCACAGCUCGACGUUCAGGUUGAGAGAUGGGUCAACUUGGUUCACAUAGGCGCUUGA